AUGCGUUUCACCUCUCUCUUAUGCCUAUUCUCUUUCGGGGCUCCGCUUGUAAUCUCAGCUUCCAUACCUAGUCCUCCGACAGUCUACCUUAUCCGCCAUGGGGAGAAGCCUCCGGAUCCCGAGGACAGCGGACUGAACGCAGAUGGCUUCAAACGCGCAGAGUGUCUCCGGGAUUUAUUCGGUGUGACCUCGCCUUAUAGCAUUGGCCAUGUGAUGGCGCCCAAGAUCAAUUCGCGCGGACAGCAUAGGCGCUCCUAUGAGACCGUAUUCCCCGUCGCCACGGACCUCAGCCUUCCUGUCGAUACAUCUUGCAAGCGUAAUCGCGUGGAAUGCGUGGCGCAACGCAUUCGCGAGUUUAAGGGAACCGGGAAUAUAUUGAUUUCCUGGCGCCAUAGCAAGAUGAGGGAGAUUGUUCAAGCGCUGGGCUAUGAUGACCCUCCGGAGUACCCUGAUGAGCGGUUCGACUUGAUCUGGACCAUUCCGUACCCUUAUGACAAUAUCACCGAUAUUCGAAGCGAAAGAUGUCCUGGACUGGAUGUGCGGGCGGUGAACAACCGAGCGGAGACAGAGCGCCAAGAUUUCAACCUGCCCACCCAAUUUUUUCGAGGUAUCGCCGGCCUUCGCUACUUCGACCGAGCGUUGCCCAAAGAUCCCUCAACCUCCAGUACGUUAUCGGAACGGCUGCGAAGCCAUGCCCAGGCCUUUGACGGUUUGCUGUCGCUGAUCCCGGCCAAAUUCUACUACGGCGAAGAUGGCAGUGAUCAAUGGAAGCGGAAGAAGCAAACCAAGGAGCAGGCCCGUGAAGCAAAGCGGGCGAAGUUGGACCCCGAUUCCGCCAAAUCGGCCAAGGAUGUGAUGGACGAAAACGCCCGGAAGCGUAAACGUGACGAAGAACGGAAUGAGGACGACUCCUCUGACGGCGGUGAACUCGGCUCCGAAUUGCCCAAAGAAGGACUGAAAAGAGGCGACGCGACCACGAAGAAGCAGAAGCAAGCUGAGGAUUCCGCCAAUCCGGACCGCACCCCCGCCAAGUCAGCCGAGGACGCCGAAGCGCGCAAGAAGUUGAAGGAGGAGAAGAAAGCUCAAAAGAAAGCCAGCCAGAAGGAGAAGAAGAAGGUUAAGGAAGCUGCCAGGAAGGCCAAGGUAGCCGAGCAACAGCCAACCGAGACCAAGACCCCUGCGGCAGAGGCCGCGCAAAAAUCCGAGUUGACCCCCGCCAGUAAGACUAAGGAUCAAGACCAAAAGGACGAUGAUAGUGACGACGACGAAAGUGUUGACGGCGUCCCCGCCGAAGAGCUCUCGCUCGAUUUCAGCGCCGAACAAGAAGAACAACCGUCGUCCUCUGCGUCGACCCCGAACUCUGGGUUCGAUGCCUCCAAUCCCCAAUCCGGCAGCUCUUCCAUAUCCUCUAUUAUUCCUCCCAGAGAUAGCACCGUUUCCUCAAGCUCCGAACCAAAGCCUCUCAAGGCUACUCCCGAUGAGCUGAAGCAACGGCUACAGAAGCGGCUCGACGAGCUUCGCGCAGCUCGCCAUGCGGACGGGCUGAAUGGCAAGCCCGCCAGAAACCGCCAAGAGCUCAUCGAAGCCCGACGCCAAAAAGCCGAGCAACGCAAAGCACACAAGAAGGAGCUGCGCCAGAAAGCUAGGGAAGAGGAGCAACGGGCGAAGGAUGAAGCCAUGGCCCGACGCUUUUCUCCUGGCGGCUCCGGAUCCCUCCUCGCAUCCCCGCGCUCCCCGGCUGACUCUGUUGGCUCGAACAACAACUUCGCCUUUGGCCGUGUUGUCUUCGCAGACGGUCAACACGCUGACCCUACCCUUUCCAACGUCCGGGAACAACACAAGAGUCAAGGGCCCAAAGACCCCGCCGCGACGCUGAAGGCCGUUGAGGCCAAGAAGGCGAAGCUUGCCGCCAUGGACGACGAGAAGCGUGCCGAUAUCGAGGAGAAGGAUAUGUGGCUGAAUGCGAAGAAGCGGGCGCAUGGCGAGCGAGUCCGCGACGACACCUCAUUGCUAAAGAAGGCCCUCAAGCGCAAGGAGACGGCCAAGAAGAAGUCGGAGCGCGAAUGGAAGGAGCGCCUGGAUGCCGUCAAGAAGGGCAAGGAUAUGAGACAGCAGAAACGCGAAGAGAACCUCCGGAAGCGACGGGAAGAGAAGGGCAAGGGCGGCGGUGGUGGCAAGAAGCAGACUGGGGGCAAGAAGAAGUCCAGACCCGGAUUUGAAGGCAGCUUCAAGGCCAAGUCUGGGGGAAAGAAAUAA